CCUCCUAUGGAAACGACUGAUUCUCGAUAUCUUUUAGUGCAGCAGUAGCCAGAAUCGAGUCCAAAUGCCUUCAAUUCUUUUAGCCGAGUGGGGUGAAAUUGGCCGGGCGUGUACCAUUGAAUUUUCACUUUUUUUCAUCGGAAAAUGGGCUGUCAUGAAUUCACUUUGUCAGAUGCGAAUAUGACCGUGCCAUUCAGUGGUUUGUGUUUGAUAAGCUCAAGCGAAAUGUUAGAUGAUUUGCCCCGAGAGCGCAGCUUUAACCUUGUAUCAGACACAAUCUAAUAAUCCUGGUCAGGUGUGCUACCGUGCUACCCACAAAACCUGUGAGUGGCAAAUGUAUGACCCGAAACUGACCUUCUGUUUGAUUUCCAAUGUAGUAGUCCUGGAUUUGUUUUGACAUUACAUUUUCUUGCCUGCAAUUGGUUGAGCACGACUUGGUGUCAAGCCCAUACAUAAUUGAUCCUCCUUCUUACUUAAAAAGAACCGCUUCUCAAUUUCUUUCAUCUUAUCCCACCUGAUCAUGGACUCCUCGUCAUCGUCAGCCGUACCCGGUCACGACCAUGCCAAUAACUUCCUGUCCGAAUAUAAGGCCAUAUCCAGCAAACUAAAAAAGCGGUUCCUGCGACGACCCAACGUGGCGGAGGCCAAUGAACAAUUCUUGCGAUUAGCCAAGCGACUUCGAUCCGAGGAUGAGCCUCAAUAUGAGGCCCUGUGUCAUUUGGCUGUCGCCCGAUGUGAGCAAUCCGUGGGGAAUCAUUCGGCCGAGGCCGAGGCCUUAAUGGCGGCCUCCCGAGCUUUCUUAGUGGCCGAGAUGAAGAUUCAGGAUUUACAUUGCGCUUCCUUUGAAGAACACUUGGUAUCUGCCAUCCAUUGUUAUAUCCACGCCAUAAGAUUAUUAGAAGAGGAGGAUCAACCUUCGCGAGCCGCUGGUCUUUGCACCGAGUUGGGUAAUGCUUUGAUCAAGCUGGAAAAGUUUGGCGAGGCUCAAACCUUCUAUCAACGGGCGGCUGACCUUCGAUCGUCGACCAUUCUCGAGUACAUUCAUGCCAAGACCAAGGUGUCGGAGUGCUUGAUCGAAGUAGGCGAUUAUUAUGGAUCUUUAGUCAUACUAACCGAGAUUGCCAGUAUGGCUGAGCAAUAUGGUGGCAAGCCCGUGGUGUCGGUGUAUGCUGAUAUCAUGGCCAGGUGUGAGGUGCUCAGAGUGUUUUUGUUGCUUCUCAUGGAACCCACCGCUCAGAGCAUCGGCCCGAAUUUGACUCUGAUCUUGGAGAAAUAUGCCUGGGAACACGAUGAUCCCGUUUCAGCGGAAGAAACUACCAAGUUCUUGUCUGAGGAGUUAUUCAUUCUGCUUCAGUCGUUCGUAAUGGCAAUUCAAACGAAUGACGUCAGGGCUUUAUUGGACCUAGAGGACGCAUUGUUGGAUCACUUGUCACCCAGAGCCAAGUCAUUAUUAAGAAAACUGGUCAAAAUGAAGCAAGAUAAAUCCCCACCCCAGUAGUAGAUAUAGUGACCAACGACCUGUGAUAGGAACAGUAUGUCCUUUAUUCUGGAAGUGUUCUCACUUUCGAUUUAUAAGUUAUAACAUUUCAUUGUCAUUCUCGGCUGCGGCCACGAGCAUGCCAAGAAAACUCGUGAAAGUAGCCUCUCCGCCGCCUUUCAAUGUUCCACUAUGAAGUCGGACCUUGACGAUAUCACCCAACUCCAAUCUAUGAAUCAUGGAUUGACCAAUCAUAGCAUAUCUCCGAUUUCCACUCCCAAUGUCUCUGUCGUAAAUACAAAGAAUGUCUUUGUCAUUCACCAUGAGCUCCA